AUGGGAGUUGUUGUUCUUGCGGUGGUUUUGUUGGCUAUGGCUGGUCACUCAAGUGGGACAUGGUGUGUAUGCAAGGAAGGAUUAAGUGAAGCAAUGCUGCAAAAGACAUUAGACUACGCAUGUGGUGCAGGAGCUGAUUGUGGACCUAUUCACCAGAACGGACCUUGCUUUAACCCUAACACCGUCAAGUCUCAUUGUUCUUACGCUGUCAACAGUUUCUUUCAGAGGAAAGGCCAGUCUCUAGGCACCUGUGAUUUCGCAGGAACAGCCACCUUCUCAGCCUCUGAUCCCAGCUACACUACUUGUCCUUUCCCUGCAAGUGCCAGUGGUAAUGGGACCACGACUCCAGUUACGACCACACCAUCGACAAGAGUCCCUACCACAACUAAUACAAGACCCUACUUAGUCACACCAUCAACAGGAGGAGGAUUGGGAAUACCAUCUGGAACAGGAGGUGGUAUUAACCCGGAUUACACAGAUCCAUCCUUUGGAUUCAGACUCCAAAACCCAAUAGCUAGUUUGUUAUUAUCUGGAUUCUUAGUCUUCGUCACUCUCUUCUUACCGUUCUACUAG